UUUUGAUUUUAUUUUUACAAAUAAUCAAAAAGAAUAGCCUAAUCUUUAAUCAUGCAAGAUUCAACAAUAUAAACACAUAUCAAAAUAUAUUCAGUCGCCAUUCAAGAGUAAACAAUCAAGUUGAAAAUAUGGCAAAAUCAGUGCAAACUGUAACAGACGAACUGAUACAGAAAAAUAUUUUACAUUGUGCGAUAUGUAAAAACCUCCUCCUAUCCACUCCAGUGAUGCUAGUGGAAUAUGCAGGAAACCUCUGUUCUACAUGCUACAAUGAAAACUUUUUGGAAAGCAAAUGCUUACAGAAUACAGCUUUAGAGGAACUGGUGACUACCUUGAGCUAUCCUUGCCGAUUCCGUGAAAACGGAUGCGAACAUUGGAGUUCCAGUGCUGACAUAUUAGAUCACGAAGAGAAUUGCAGAUAUAGGUCUAAAAGGUGCCCUAUGCAUUCAGUGACGCAAUGCCAGUGGGAAGGUUUUCCUACAGAAUUUGUUGGACAUUUUCUAAAUUACCAUGGCGAGCAUGUGAUUAACUUUGAAAAUAAUCUAUUUUAUUUGGAUUUUAACGAAGAAGAGCUUAUUAAACUACUUGUAAUGAAGAAUAUCAUACUACUAUUGAAAAUGCAAUUGAGCCAGGAUAAAAACAGGCUUUUGUAUAUUGUUUGUAAUAUUAAAGAAGAAGAAAGUAAUUUUGAUUACUCAGUCAAACAUAAAGGCAAUAGCGAUAGCUACAUCAAAACUAGAUCCAGAGUUUUAGAUUCUAAUUAUAUUUACAAAAAUUUAGAGGAAUGUGAUGCAGUCAGCGUCGAUUUGAUUUCUCUAAGGCAAACCGUUAAAAUCACAAACAGAAUAACAAAUAUAUUUAAAAUAAAAACAUAUGAUACACCGGUGUCUUCUAUUGGCGAGAGGAUGAUGCAAUUUUUCGAAUGUCCCGUUUGUAAAGGGUUCAUGAAACCACCUAUUUUCCAAUGUCAAUCUGGUCACAGCAUCUGCAACCAUUGUAAACCUCGUUUAGAUAAGUGUCCAUCUUGUCGUGCUCCCUUUGGAAUGACCAGGAAUUACUCUUUGGAAGGGUUAACAGCUGGUGUCUCAUAUCCUUGUGCUUAUCACGAACAGGGCUGUAUGCUGUCUUUGUCUCCCGUUGAAAUCACCAGACAUGAAAUCGUAUGUCCAUACAAACCCUAUGAUUGCCCUCUACCACAAUGCAAACUGUCCGGAAGUCAAGACACAAUAGUAACCCAUCUACAAAAUUUCCAUUCUGACCAAGUGAUUAUCUCAGAAACCAACAGCUAUACGGAAUCGUUCCGUUUGGAACAGCACUCGAUGUACAACAAUGUUUUCGAUAGGAAAAUUUUGUUGGCUUUUGAAAAUAUUUUCAGAUUGACCUGCAAAAGAGUAGGUGAAUAUUGUAUGUGGGCAGCCGAAGCUAUGGGUACACAAGGCGAACUGAAAAAUUUCGUCUAUGAAAUUAGUAUCAUCGACAUGCGCAGGCCCGAAAAAAGACUCAUCAGAACCGAUUAUUGCCUCAAUGAAAUGCCCGAAGACGAUCUGUCCAGGAAGUGUAUUAUGUUUCCGAAUAGUAUUCUGACGGCUUAUUCAAGUAACGGCAUGGUGUCAUAUCAUUUUAAAAUUAAGAAAGGUAUUUAGGUACUUGUAGUAGGGAUGUUUUUACAAAGAGACUCUCUUAGUGUUGAUAUUAUAAAUAGCCUUCUUGCCUGCUGUAAACACUAGUGUUACCAUUAUCAGCACAGGUUUUGUAAUCAUUGUAUUUGUAGCUAAAUUAUAUUAAAAUUUGUUUUAA